AUGCCACCGCUGGGGUAUCGGGAAGGUGAAGAACCAGCGUGCUGGCAUGACCUCCAAGAGGUGACUCAUGGCCCGUACGACAGAAAGGCUGGGAGCGGCGCUGGGAUCGGUGCAGGAGCCCUGCUGGGCACGAAGAAGAAAAUUAAUAUUUUUAUUUGCCUCAUAGGGCUCAGCUCUUUUAGCUUAUGGAUUUUGUAUACCCGUUUGACUGAAUUUUGUAUAUUUUGUGAAAAAAGGCAAAAUGCCACAUUCCCCCCAUGGACUCUGAGAAGAAGCGAUGAAAGCUUCUUGCUGCUCCCAGAGGCAGACUGCCAUAAAAACCCCCCUUUCCUCGUCCUGCUUGUGACAUCCUCCGUCCCCCGUGCUGACGCCAGGAUGGCCAUCCGGCAAACCUGGGGCAAGGAGAGGACCGUGGCGGGCAGGCGCAUUGUAGCGUAUUUCCUCCUGGGAACCACAGCGAAUCCCAGACAGCAGGCUGGAGUUGUGGCUGAAAGCCAGGAAUACAAGGAUGUCAUUCAAAAGAAUUUUACAGACACGUAUUACAAUUUGACUUUGAAGACCAUGAUGGGGAUUGAAUGGGUUCACAAAUACUGUCCUCAGUCGAGCUUUGUGAUGAAGACUGACAGCGACGUGUUUGUCAAUGUGUUUUACCUCACUGAGCUGCUUGUAAGGAAAAACAAGAACAGUAGCUUCUUCACAGGCUUUUUAAAAGCGCACGAGUACCCUAUAAGGAAACCAGGGAGUAAGUGGUAUGUGAGUAACGAGGAGUAUCCAGGAGACACCUAUCCGCCAUUUUGUUCAGGGACUGGCUACGUUUUAUCCACCGACGUUGCUAGUAAGAUCUAUGAAAUCUCAGGCAGCGUCCGGUUUAUUAAACUGGAGGAUGUAUUUGUAGGACUGUGCCUUGACAAACUAAAAAUCCAGCUGGAGGAGCUUCAUUCAGAGCAGACUUUUUUCCCAGCACGGAUUCAGUUUUCUGUUUCUCGCUUCAAGAAAAUCGUGAUGUGCCAUGAAGUAAAGCCAUCCGAGCAGCUGAGCUACUGGAAUAGCUUAGUGGCAUAAAGAAGCCAUGGAGUGUGCUAGCACUUUACUUGCUUGAAUUUACAAGUUGACAUGCUCAGAACUGAGGGCUGCUCUUUACUUCAGCAGAACUCUCAACUCUAGACCCAUUAUGUUAAAGGCAUUUUUAGCGAUUAUUUUAAUCUCCACUUCUGCCUAAGAACAUGCAAGUGUCUUUCUCAACCAGUCACUCCUGCCUCCUUGCAUCCCUUUCUACCUAACUUACAAACU